AUGUCCUCACGCGUUCAGCUCCUGUCCGUACAGCCGUUGAAUACUCCUAGUCCGAUCAAUACUCCGGUUUCGCUGAAGAUUACGUUCGAGGUGUAUGAGGAUCUGGCGGAUCGUAUGUUAGCGGUUUUCUUUUUAUUUUCUGAGUUUAGCUGUCGACUGGGAAAUGCUCUUCGCUUGGGACGGUGAUGAGGAGCACGAUCUGAUCCUGGAGACGGUUGAAGUUGGUCCAAUCAAGGCUGGAAAGCACCAAUUUAUUUUCGAAGUAAGCUUAGGCGUGCCACCGACAUCCCUUUCGGAUUUGCGAUCGUGAAUUCUCUUUUGUUUGAUAAAGGAUAUAUUUUCAGGCUGAUCCCCCAGAUUACACCAAGGUUCAUGAUGAAGAUCUCACGGAUGUCUCCGUUCUCUUCCUUCGCUGCAAGUAUCACGACCAACUCUUCUCCAAGGUUGCCUUUUUUGUUUCACACACCUAUGUCGACGAGGAGUUGAUCAACGAGCCUCCUUUGAAGCCAAUUCUUGAGAAGCUGGAGAGGAAGAUUCAUUUGGAAGAUCUGAGGGUCACUCAUUAUCCGAUCAAAUGGAAUGAGCAGGAUGAGCUUGUUCCUCGUAAGUAUUUCCAUUCUUCUUGGUUUUUAGGCAUAAUUCCUUUUUAAUGGGAUUAAUCUUAAUUAUUUCAGCGCCAGAGGAUGAAAAUGUCGAUAUGAUGGAAGAGGAUGUUGCAAUCUUCACUGCCCGUCGUCCUGAACCAGAGAUUACUUCGGUUAUUCCCCAGCAAGCACAGUCCGAAUCAAUCCAACAACCGGAGGUCCCCGAAGAAGCUCCAAAAGAGCCAACGGACGGUUCACAGCACAAAGGAGCACUUUCGGACAAAACUAACGAGUAA